CGUUGUGGAUAUAUCACAACAAUUCAUCAGAAGAAGAGUAAUUUCUGUUAUCGGCCAUGGAAGCCAUACAGUUCCAGGCUGUGGCUUCCCGCCAUUUCUCCUCCUCCGUAGCUUCUUCUCCUUCUCUCUCUACCACCAAAACUCUCUGCAACUCCAAGACUUCGCCCAGAUUUUCCUCCGCUUGGAGCGGCAGGCACCUCUCCACCACGCUGUCUUCCAGGAACUUGUUCACGAGAGAGAUAUGGAGUUGGGUGAAUUCCAAGCAUGUGAGCAACAAAAAGGAAAUGCGUGGCGUCAUAAGAGCGGAAAUGUUCGGGCAACUGACCAGCGGCUUAGAAUCAGCUUGGAACAAGCUCAAAGGAGAAGAGGUUUUGACCAAGGAAAACAUUGUGGAGCCUAUGCGAGAUAUUAGGAGGGCUCUAUUGGAAGCAGAUGUAAGCCUUCCUGUUGUGAGAAGGUUUGUGCAAGCAGUUAGUGACCAAGCUGUUGGUACCGGCCUUAUUCGCGGUGUCAAACCAGAUCAGCAACUGGUCAAGAUUGUGCAUGAUGAGCUAGUGAAAUUGAUGGGUGGUGAGGUUUCUGAACUGGUUUUUUCAAAAUCUGGCCCCACUGUUAUCUUAUUGGCUGGUCUACAAGGAGUUGGAAAGACAACAGUAUGUGCAAAGCUGGCUUAUUACCUCAAAAAACAGGGGAAGAAUUGCAUGCUAGUUGCUGGAGAUGUGUACAGACCUGCUGCUAUUGAUCAACUUGUUAUUUUGGGUCAACAGGUGGAUGUUCCUGUAUAUACAGCAGGGACUGACGUUAAACCUUCAGAAAUAGCUAGGCAAGGUUUAGAGGAGGCCAAGAAGAAGAACAUAGAUGUCGUAAUAGUAGAUACCGCAGGAAGGCUUCAGAUAGACAAAACAAUGAUGGAUGAAUUGAAAGAUGUGAAGCGGGCACUGAGUCCCACAGAAGUUUUGCUUGUUGUGGAUGCAAUGACAGGCCAAGAAGCUGCAGCCUUGGUGACGACAUUCAACGUAGAGAUUGGGAUUACUGGAGCUAUUUUGACAAAGCUAGAUGGUGAUUCCAGAGGAGGAGCAGCUUUGAGUGUUCAAGAGGUAUCAGGGAAGCCUAUCAAGCUUGUUGGACGAGGUGAGCGGAUGGAGGACCUUGAGCCUUUUUACCCUGACCGAAUGGCCGGCCGCAUAUUAGGAAUGGGAGACGUUCUCUCAUUUGUGGAGAAGGCGCAAGAAGUUAUGAAACAAGAGGAUGCAGAGGAAUUGCAAAAGAAGAUAAUGAGUGCAAAGUUUGACUUCAAUGAUUUCUUAAAACAAACUCGGGCUGUUGCACGCAUGGGAUCUGUGAGUCGUGUUAUUGGAAUGAUUCCCGGUAUGGGGAAGAUUACUCCUGCACAAAUUCGUGAUGCAGAGAAGAACUUAAAGAUGAUGGAAUCAAUGAUUGAAGCAAUGACACCUGAGGAAAGAGAGAAGCCAGAAUUAUUAGCAGAGUCCCCUGUCAGAAGAAAAAGAGUUGCUCAAGACUCUGGGAAAACUGAGCAGCAGGUGAGCCAACUUGUUGCUCAACUCUUUCAAAUGCGUGUUCGUAUGAAAAACUUGAUGGGUGUAAUGGAAGGUGGUUCUAUUCCUUCACUAAGCAAUCUCGAGGAUGCGCUCAAAGCCGAAGAAAAGGCUCCACCUGGUACUGCAAGGAGGAAGCGAAGGUCAGGGACAAGGAGGCAGUUUGUAGACUCAGCACCGGCAAGGCCGGGGCCUCGUGGAUUUGGGAGUGGAAACUAAAAGUGGGCACUUUGGUGGUGGAUGCUUUACCUAGGAUAUUCCUCCGGACAUUGCUGGCUAAGUUUCUUGGGUUCUUUUACCUGCAGAAAUUCUUUGGAUUCUCCUCAUGAGUGUUAUAGCACUCGUGAAAAUGAUGUUUUUGCAAAAGCAGUAUAGCUGAAACCAGUGUAUUUAGAUGUUUGUAGUUUUUGUCGCGUAUUAACAAGGCUUGGAAGUUCCAUUCUUGAGCAUGUUUAAGUUUAACCAUGAAUCUCUCCCAUUGCAACCAUUAUUCUGAAACUAAGAUUUUUUUGUUU